AUGGAAUUGUUGGGGAACGCAAGUUUGGAACCGCAGGACCUCCAGUCACAACAACUGCAGUGGGAAGAAGAAGCUAGCGGUAAAGAAACAAAGGUGUUACAGAAACCCCUGCCAUCCAGCGCCCAAAGGGAGUUGGAAGCGAAACUAACGGAGGCACUCGCCAUCGUUGCGGCGGACGCGGCCACACGCUUUUGUGAAGACAUGCGGCGGCUCUGGGUGAUGUAUUUUGCUCAUCUGCAGGGUAAAGUGCGGGAGAUAUUCCAAAAGCUCCACAAGGCUUUCGAUAGGUUUGAGUCGAGCCCAGAUGAAGAAACGCUGGCAGAUUUUCUUUUUCUCCAUCGCACAAUGCAGCCACUGCUCUCUGAAUUGCUCGGCAUCCACGACGCGGUAGUGGAGAAUGGGGAGGAGGGCAAGGAGAAAGUGGAAUGCGAGGAACAUGUCCACAACAUUGGCAGCAAUGAUGGCAGUGCUUGUUGUAGUAAUAACCGCGAUGUCGCACUUCCCCCAGGGACACCACUCGAAAAGGAACAUGUGUUGGUUCAACACUUGUCGCUGUGCAUCGCGGAGGCCACAACGCCCGUGCUUGCAUUUACUCUUUGCGAAAUGAACAAAUUCGUGGGCGUCAAAAUGAAUGGUGACACGGAUAGAAAUGAGAAAGAGUUAACGAGAGAGAAAGGAAGCAGUGCAUGCGGUCGCACGGAGCAGUGUGCAGGCUUGAGCAAUGAGGAGAAGGAGGGUAUAUUAGGUGAUUUCUCUGCUGAAAGGGAUCUACAGCCGUCACGGCAACAAAGCGAAAGCAGGGACGUCAUGUCAGAACACUCUCACGUGUGUGCGGACACCGCCAGGCCUUCUGUUGAUAACUCGAUUACGCCAAAUAUUAUUCAUGACUUGCCCAUUGAAGACACCAUAGACGUGGAAAUCGUUGAUGAUGGCACUAGCGACUGCGGUGGUGAUGUUUCUUCAGAGAAUGGGGGCCAAAGCGACUACUACUACCACCACUACAAUCCUCUCAUGGAAGCGAUGAGUAUUGAAGGUGAUUGGGGAAGUAGCGCCCGACCCACAUCAUCCCCACAUGCCGACGAAGCCACCAUAAGAAAAAAAAUGUCAUCUGUCCGCACCAGCAGGUCAGCGCCUACUUUCAUAGGCACACCAUGUGAGGCGCAAAUAGGCCAUCAUUAUGUAGAUCAUACUGAAACUUACAAUGGUGAUGGAACUCACUGCGGACCGUGGGAUGGUGGCAGCAGCGACUAUAAGAAAGGAAAUGCGGUCAGAUAUUCCCGCAGCAACAGCGGUGUCCACCUCAAACCACCCGCGUGGAGGGACGACCGCACUGAUUCGGCGGGUUUAAUGGACGAAUGGGAGGAGCGCGAUAUUUUAACAAACCGGACAUUAGACCCAGAGCGACGCCUACAACUGCUGAAAGGGCAGGAGCAAUUGCUUUUGCAGAGCUACCCCGUAAACGACGAGCGGUUGUGGCGGCGCGAGGACGGUGGCGAGGCACGUUGUUAUGCACUGAAAAAGCGGUUAGCGCGGCUGCGAAGCGCGAUACUUCGAGGUGAGCGGGAAAUGGAGCAGCUGCAGCGGAUCAAAGUGGAAAGGGAGUUGAUUCGGCAAAUGCGGGCAGAAAAAGAACGGAGGCUGUUGGAGGGUCGUCCAUCAAGAGGGAGGAUUGUGCACAGCAUAUGA